GGUGCCUUUGCCAUCUGAUUUCCUUCAGUAAGCCCAAGCCUCCUUUCUUCCUUUCUUCAAUACCACACUCAAUCCUCUGCACAGCCAAAAGCCUCCAUUUUCAAGAUUAUGGGAAGCUUAGAGUCAGAGAGACAGACAGUGGGGUGGGCUGCAAGAGACCCAUCUGGGGUUCUUUCCCCUUACACCUAUAAUCUCAGGAACACUGGGGCUGAAGAUGUUUAUAUCAAGGUUCUGUGCUGUGGUCUCUGCCAUAGUGAUCUUCACCAGGUCAAGAAUGAUCUAGGCAUGUCCAAUUAUCCCAUGGUUCCAGGGCAUGAAGUGGUGGGUGAGGUGCUGGAAGUGGGAUCAGAUGUGGAAAGGUUCAAAGUGGGAGACACUGUUGGAGUUGGGUUGAUUGUAGGGUGUUGCAGGAACUGCCGCCCUUGCAAUCAAGAUAUUGAGCAGUAUUGCAGCAAGAAGAUUUGGAAUUACAAUGAUGUUUAUACUGAUGGCAAGCCCACCCAAGGAGGUUUUGCUGGUGAAAUGGUUAUUGAUCAGAAGUUCGUUGUGAAGAUACCGGAUGGUAUGGCCCUAGAACAAGCGGCGCCUCUGCUUUGUGCUGGUGUGACAGUGUACAGCCCAUUGAACCAUUUUGGACUGAAAGCGAGUGGGCUAAGGGGAGCAAUCUUGGGACUUGGAGGGGUUGGACACAUGGGGGUGAAGAUAGCCAAGGCAUUUGGGCAUCACGUUACUGUCAUAAGCUCUUCUGAUAAGAAGAAAGAGGAAGCCUUAAACCACCUCGGCGCAGAUGCCUAUCUGGUGAGCUCAGAUGCGGCGCAGAUGCAAGAGGCUGCUGAUUCACUUGACUACAUUAUUGACACCAUCCCUGUUGGCCAUCCUUUGGAGCCAUACCUGUCUUUGCUUAAAGUUGAUGGCAAGCUAAUCUUGAUGGGUGUUAUUAACACCCCUUUGCAGUUUGUUACCCCCAUGGUUAUGCUUGGGAGGAAAACCAUCACAGGAAGCUUCAUUGGCAGCAUGAAAGAGACACAAGAAGUGCUCGAGUUCUGCAAGGAAAAGGGCUUGACCUCCCAGAUUGAGGUGGUGAAGAUGGAUUACAUCAACACCGCCAUGGAGAGGCUCGAGAAGAACGACGUUAGGUACAGAUUCGUGGUGGACGUUGCAGGAAGCAAACUGGACGCUUAAUAUACAAACAGAACAUUUGCUUUGCUCAGAUCAAACGUUUCGUCGAUGUGAUCCCACGUUGUGUGGGGGGCAUUAUCUGUCUAUUUCAAAUUUGCUUGUUUGAAAGUUUUCAAAAAACUGUGUCUGAUUUAACAUUAUCAAUAUAAUAUAAUAAUUAAUUAAGGGCU